UGCAAUGGCAGCCUGGAACAUAUGGAACAUAUCAUAGCUGAAUGCUCCUCUCCAGGACAGAAAGAGGUAUGGAAACUCAUCAAAAUGUUCUUGGAGCACCACAGUAUUCUCUGGCACCCCCCAACAAUGUUCAACAUUCUUGCAUGUGUGACUCCAGUUUUCAAAUUACCAGGUGGAAACAGAGACAUUGGUAAAGAAUGUUUCUAUCAAAUCAUCAUCUCCUUAUCCAUACAAACUAUCUGGAAUGCCCAGUGUGAGAAGAACUCAUCUUUCUUGCCAGAGGAAAUCCAUAACAGAUGGCUGAAGAGGAUAAACAAGAGGCUUGACCUAGACUGUCUGAUGACAUGCAAACAUUUUAGCAGGAAAGCACUUGGAAAAGACCUAGUAUUAAGGAUAUGAGCAGGCUCUAUCUUUGAU